AUGUUACGAUGUUCAGGGCUCAGAAAGCACUUCUCAAGGCACAAUUCCACACUUUCGGGCUCGCUCCUUCCAGAUUUCUGCUCGGCGAUGGCACGAAUAGGCUCUCAGGCUAUGAUUCUUACAGCUCCAUAUCGAAAUGAUUCGCAAUCAACUUCAAAAAAUCCAACACUUCACGGCAUGACACUCUCUUCUGUGUGUUCGCUCUCAGUCAGCCCGACGCCCCUCUUGUCAUUUAAUCUCCAUUUGCCUUCGUACACAUCAAAGUCUCUUCAUGAACGAGAUAGUAGCAUGGCUAUUCACCUCAUGCCUCCCACUGCCAACGCUGUAAAGUUGGGCCGUAUAUUUGCUAGCGGUGUAAAGAAGAAGACUGGAACUGACGAGAUCUCGUUUCAGAAGAAUGAAAAAGAACAAAAAGAUUGCGAGGUUUUCCAUGAAAUGACCACUCCAUUCAAGUAUGUUGCUAAAGACGAUUGGUUCGAAUACCAAUUAGAUAGCAAGGUUAACAUCCCAAUUCUUCGAGAGGCGGAACGAGUGUUUAUCUGUAAGAAAAGACAGGUGGUUGAGGUAGACUCCCACGAAAUUUGGGCGGUGGAAGUCCACGAUAUCUUGAAUCCUAAUCCAUCCACGCAGGCCACUGGUGGCCUUCUUUACUACAAUCGAGCAUUUCAUUCGGUGGGAAAGUGUCUCCACGAAUAG